AGAGAGAGAGAGAGAGAGAGAUAGAUAGAUAUAUAUGGCAUCUUCAUGUAUGUCAAUUCAACUGAAGUGCUUUGCUCUUCAGAAGAAGUCAAGACCACCCUCUCCUCCUCAGCUUUCAUGCCAUUGUUGAUGAGAAAAGUGGAACAAGUACUUCCCAUGCAGAUAGAUGUCUCCAAAACUUUCAAGAACACUUCUUCAAAAGUGUUGGACUUCUUGGUCGAUUCGAUGUUUGAAUUCGUCGAUCAAUCCCUGCUUCCAUCUCAGAGCAACUUUGGCCCGGUAGACGAGUUGGGAGGAGAAGUUGUUAUCACCAGCAGCAUCAGAGGGAAAAUCCCAGAUGAUUUUCCAGAGGGUGUCUACAUAAGAAAUGGACCAAACCCUCUAUUUGGAGGACUGAAAUCUACUAAAUCCAUCUUUGGAAGGUCAAGCCACAUAUGGAUAGAAGGAGAAGGCAUGCUUCAUGCUUUAUAUUUUAGUAAGGACGUCAGUGACGGAAGCUGGACUGUCAGGUACAACAACAGACACGUCGAAACUGAAACUUUCAAGCUAGAAAAACAGAGAAACAAGCCAUCUUUUCUCCCAGCUAUAGGAGGUGAUUCGCCGGCUAUUUUAUCUGCUUAUCUCCUCAAUUUGCUGAGGUUUGGCAAAGUGAACAAGUACUUGAGUAACACCAAUGUUUUUGAGCAUUCGGGGAAGUUCUACUCCAUUGCAGAAAACCACAUACCUCAAGAGAUUGACAUCAUCACAUUAGAAACUUUAGGAAAUUGGGAUGUCUCUGGAGCUUGGAACCGACCUUUUACCAGCCAUCCAAAGAGAGCUCCAGGCACAUGGGAGCUGGUCAUACUGGGAAUCGACGCAGUUAAACCUUUCAUAGAGAUAGGAGUAGUUUCUGCUGAUGGAAAGGAAUUAAUUCAUAAAGUGGACCUCAAUCUCGAUAGGUGCAGCCUUUGCCAUGAACUAGGGGUUACACAAAGCUACAAUGUGAUCAUGGAUUUUCCUCUAACUUUAGACAUAAACAGACUUGUCAAUGGAGGCCCAUUAGUAAAGUACAAUCAGGAAGGAUAUGCAAGAAUUGGUGUAAUGCCUCGCUUCGGUGAUGCAAGUUCAAUCCACUGGUUUAAAGUUGAACCCAAUUGCACAUUUCACAUCAUCAAUAGUUUUGAAGAUGGUGAUGAGGUUGUAGUGUGGGGUUGCAAAGCUCUUGACUCAGUUAUACCAGGACCUGACAUGAGUUUGAAUCAAUUUGGGUGGUUGCCAAGAAGAUUUAAGCCUGCAGAUCCAAGUAAAGAAAACAAUGAUGAUAUUUCAGCAGAGGAUGGAAAAUUAUUUUCUCAUGCUUAUGAAUGGAGAUUAAACAUGAACACUGGAAAAGUCAUGGAGAGAUAUCUCACUGGAAAAGAGUUUUCCAUGGAUUUUCCCAUGAUCAAUGGAGCUUUUGCCGGUGUUAAAAAUAGAUAUGGCUACUCCCAAGUAGUUGACUCAAUUGCAAGCUCUACCUUGGGCAUGCUCAAAUAUGGUGGUCUAGCCAGGCUACAUUUUGAAGAGCCAGCUGAUGUUUCUUUGAGAAAUGAAAGCCAAUUUGAGGUGGAAACCCGCAUGUUCGAGGAGAAGAGCUUCUGCAGUGGAGCUGCUUUUGUCGCUAAACAAGGAGGCCUUGAAGAAGAUGAUGGAUGGGCCAUCACUUUUGUUCACAAUGAAGAUACCAACAUAUCUCAAGUUUACGUGAUCGAUACUAAGAAGUUUUCUGAUUAGCCUGUUGCUAAAAUCACAUUGCCAUUCAGAGUUCCAUACGGAUUUCAUGAAGCUUUCUUGCCAAUGUCAUAACAAUAAUAUGCCUAAUUAAUCAUCAUGAUUAAAUUUUGACACUCAGCAUUUUAGCUGCGGUUAAUUUCGUGGUUAAAAAUGUUGGAAAAUAGCGUGUAAUCUAAUGAGCGAAAAAGAAUGUAUAAGAAAUUGGGGCUAAUACAUGAAGCAAUUGGACUCCUACGUGGGGGUUUGCGUCUCAAA